AUGGUCAACCUCACUAUGGACGAUAGUAACGUCUCGAAAGGGCCGCGACCCCGUUUGACAUGUACAGAGUGCUAUAGAAGGAAGAUCAAAUGCGACAAGCACGUGCCUUGCAGUACGGGCUAUGCAAGCUUUUGUACCAGAGAAGACGCCGCUGUGGCAUCGUCUGCACCACCACCACCUGCUUAUCAAGCUCAGGGCGCGGCAGCAGGACCUGACAAUCUCGUGCGCGCAUUACUCGACCGUGUAGGUCAGCUUGAAGCCAAACUACAGGAACAACACAAUAUAGUCUCGAGCGAGACACCCCUACCUCCUCCGCAACUCUCUGACACCCCAGCAAGUCCUUCAAAUGAUGCAGCGGUUACCUCGUCCACGGAUAACGGCAUCACAUCACAACCCGCGGACACUGACGAUGCAGCUACUGUGCUGGAGUUUCUGGCAUGGGGCCGCAAGAAGGAUGCUGAUUACGGAACUUCGUCAGAACAUAACAGCGGGCCAAGGCGACUGAGUAUCAGACACGAUGACGGAGGGACCAAGUCAAACAUCACAUGCGAAACCAGUAGAGAUGCACAGCUUGAUGUACUCGAAGCGCUUCUUCCAAACAAGUCUCACAUCAUACAACUGGUGGAGUACCAUAGUACCUCCAUCUUAUGGUACCACGGCUCUUAUUCUUCAGCAAUGUUCAGAGAUGACCUUGAUCUUUUUCUGGGUGAAUGUGAAGGCGACGUUCGACAUCAGGACCGGAAUCUGCAAUGGCUAGGCCUGCUGUUCGCUAUCAUAACUGGGAGUAUUACAUGUGCGCCGCCAUCUAUAUGUCAAACUUGGGGAUUCUCAUCAGAGGAGCGAACGGUCCUGUCUCAAAAAUGGUACGAAGCGACCGUAACAUGCCUCGAAAUUGCUGGCUAUAUCGAGAUCCAUACGAUAUAUUCUGUUCAAGCUAUUGCGACAUUGACUAUCGCGGCUCACAUUCUAGGCAAGUCGAACAGCCAAUCAAUUCUGCUUGCAUCAGCCGGUCGCAUUGCCCAAAGCCUUGGUUUGCACCGCCUCGGACCAGAGAGCGCAAUUGAAGCUACUUCAAAAGAGCAGCUCCGUCAACGCGAGGCCGGUCGACGGGUGUUUAAUCAGCUUUGCACGCAGGAUUGGUUCCAGAUUCCGUUCUCUGAAUCUUAUUCGUUGAACCCUCGCUUCUUUAAGACCUCGAAGCCUCUUAACUGUAAUGAUGAAGACAUGGUACCUCAGCCGUUAUCCACACCAACCCAAGCGAGCUAUUGCAACUAUCGCUACGACAUCGCGGCACUUAUGCCGCAGCUACUGGAUGCAAUGGCAGGCUGCAACACGCUUUUCACGAAGUAUGAGCAGGUGCUACAGUACGACGACAAGAUGCGCAAGCUCGCUACCGCAUGUAUGCCCACGUUCCUAUCAACCAAUGCGCCGGUAGCGACGGAUUGGCCUAUUUAUGUCGGAUGGGCCAGGCGCUCAUUGGCUAUAUGUGCCUCGCACAAGAUCAUCAUGAUACAUCGGAAGUUCAUUGGGCUCUCAUUCACCAACUCCGCGUUUUCGUUUACACGUCGUACCUGUAUAGCAGCGUCCAAAACUAUAUUGAAAGAAGCGUUGUCUGGCAACGACGAACAGGGGCCGAUUUUGUGGAUUGAGCAAGCUUUCUCAGUCGCCGCGGGGAUCAUCCUCAGUCUCGAUACAUUCCAUCGGUCAGCCAGUGAGAGGGAGUUUGAAGAGCACAAGAGCCUCGUCGCAGACGCAAUCGGCUACCUGAGGAGAUUUCAAGACAGCAAGAUAGCUUCACGCGGUGUGCAACUGCUAUCUGGCCUGCAGCGUGAAAUCCGGGAAGGAGGAAGCGUCAACCAUAGGAAACGCCAACGGCCUGCGGAAUAUAGCGACUUGACUCCAUCGUCUGGCAAGAGAGCACGUACAUUCAACGUGGAGAAUUUCAUCAGCAACGUAUCCCAAGACUUGCAGGUAACAACUCCGACGUCUUCAACUGCAAACGCCCCUACAAGUGUGGGAGAUGCUUCAUGGUAUACCUUCAUGAACUUGCUACCACCACAAACUGGGUUCGGAAGACAAAGUCUAUUCGAUGACUUGCUUUCAUUCCAGUUCUAA